AUCGGUGAUCAAAGAUGGGGUUCUUGUCGAUGCUCCUGGUGGCUUCCAUGCCCAUCAUCCAGGUACUGCUCAUCGGCGUCAUCGGAGCCUUCCUCGCCUCCGGCUACAGCAAAGUCCUCACGGCCAGCGCCCGCAGGGACAUGAACAAGGUUGUCUUCACGGUCUUCACCCCUUCUCUGAUUUUCGCGAGCCUCGCCAAGACAGUCACGCUGUCGGACGUCAUCUCUUGGUGGUUCAUGCCAGUGAACAUAGCAAUCACAUUCCUCCUCGGCAGCGCUUUGGGAUGGAUAGCGUGCAAGAUCCUGAAGCCACCGCCGCAUUUCCGAGGCCUGAUCAUCGCCUUCUGUUCAUCUGGAAAUCUCGGGAACCUGCUGCUGAUCGUCGUCCCGGCCGUCUGCGACGAAGAUGGCAACCCGUUUGGGAACGAUCGUAGCCAGUGCCGCUCCCGUGGGCUUUCCUACUCCUCACUAUCCAUGGCUCUUGGUGGGCUCUUCAUAUGGACCUACACCUACAGCCUGAUGCAGAAGUCCGGCAAGCUGUACCACAAGAUGCAGUCCAAGAGCAUCCAGUGCCCGGCAGACAGCGACGAGGAGCACCUGGAGCAAUUCAAAGAGCAUGCUGAGUCCGCCCACAACGACGAGGAAGCGGCUCUGACGACGUCUGCUGGACCUGACGAGCACGAUGACGGGAACCAUAUGGAGGCUCCGCUUCUGUCGUGCGAGAGCGAUGUCACGGACAAGGGCUUCUGGACGAAGCUCAAGGAGGCCGUGCAUCAGCUCGUCGAGGAGCUCAUGGCGCCGCCGACCAUAUCGGCUAUAAUUGGAUUCGUUGUUGGGCUAGUACCAUGGCUGAAGUCGCUGCUCAUCGGGGACGGUGCGCCGCUUAAAGUCAUCCAGGAUUCUCUCGAACUGAUGGGAAAUGGCACGAUACCUUGCAUCACCCUCAUCCUCGGAGGAAACCUGACGCAAGGGCUGCGCAAGUCGAUGCUGAAGCGCUCGGUGAUUGUGGCGAUCGUGUGCAUACGCUACGUGGCGCUGCCGGUGAUCGGAAUCGCCGUCGUCCACGCCGCGCGCGGCGUCGGGUUCCUGCCCCACGACCCGCUGUACCGGUACGUGCUGAUGAUGCAGUUCGCGCUGCCCCCCGCCAUGAACAUCGGGACCAUGGCACAGCUGUUCGACGUGGGGCAGGAGGAGUGCUCCGUGAUCUUCCUCUGGACGUACCUCGUCGCCGCCGUCGCGCUCACCACCUGGUCCACCGUCUUCUUGUCCAUCCUCUCCUGAUUACCCAAACCUG